AUGAAAGUGUCUGCUCAAGAAAUUAUGACCAUGGGCUGUUUGAGUAGCAGUCGCUUAACGUCGAGAAAAAGGAUACUGUUAAAAGUUGUUUCUGACGUUAUAUGUGUACUACUGGUUUCCGCGGGCAUUAUUGCUAUACAGUUUGGAUCAAAGCCAUACAAGCGAGGCUUUUUUUGCGAUGAUGAAAGCAUCACACAUCCAUUUUUGGAAGAUACAAUAUCAGUGUCCUUGGCAGCUUGCAUAGGAAUAUUUCUGCCUUUGGUUGUGAUAAUUCUUCUAGAAUUCUUGUUACGGAAGAAAGGUCGAGGGUAUACAGUUUCAAUCAACAAAACUGUUGGGAAAGCAUCUUGGAUAUACGGUACCUACAACACCAUUAUCGUAUUUGUCUUUGGAGUUGCUGUGACACAGUUUCUCACAGAAGUUGGGAAGAAUUCUAUUGGCCGUUUGCGACCUCAUUUUCUUACGCUGUGCAAUCCAGAUUGGAAAAAAGUGAACUGCAGCACUGGCUACAUCACAGAUGACGUUUGCACAUCCACGGACACAGGCAUGAUGAAUGAAGCCAG